UACUGAAGUAGUGGUAUGACUGAUACGAAUAGAUGUUCAAUGUAUUUUGCGUUUCUCUUGUUAGAAGGUAAAGAUCAUCCAUUGGUGGAUCAGCAGGAAAAAAAAGUCCAACCAUUCUACUGGUAGGAAAUUUUUUAACUCUUGAUUUCAGUUGCUCAUUCUGACUGAUUGCUGUGCAACAGUGAAGCAGUUUCUGAAUCCACUUCAUUUCUGCUUGGUGUGCUUAUGAAGUUUUCAGUUAUCCCCGCACUUCAGAGAAAAUUGGACAUUUAAUUCACUAGGCAAAACCCCCCCUACCAAACUCAGAAUUCAGGAGCUUUGGAAUUAAAUCUCACCUCCCCGUCUUUCCCAGGAACAGUCAACAGCAUUGGUGUACCAGUGGUCGGCAACACAGCAUUAAAGCUUUCUUUUAUUAGUUUUACUAUACUGGUGUUUCAAAAGAGGAGAUGUCGCUUACCUCUUUGAUUUGCUGCCAGAGGGAGGUAAAGGCUGCAGCAUUAUGCUGGCAUCACUUUAUGCUGGCAUCACUUCUAAUUUCUUAAAGCUGGCCUUUCACAGACUCACACAACCUUUUUGGUUAAGGAGGUGCUCCAGGUCCCAUCUCUAAUGUUUAGUGUUGUGCUUACUGACUGAAGCAUUUCUGCAUGGGUUCCCAACUGAUGCUUCCAGUUCUGAAGCAGCUUGUUGCUGGCGGAGUGUACUCCAACUAAAUUGCCUCCGUUCUGCUGUUGCUUUGAAGUCUGCCUCUUCCUAUAUUUGUGGUUGUUCCUCAUGUGCAGUUUUUCCCAUCUGAUUGUGCUGAUGUUUCCCCUUCCCAAGUGGGAGGCAAAGGUUAAGGUGAGUUCCGUAGUACACUUUUUCAAAAUUAACCAUUCAAAUCUUACCCUUCUUCUCCUCAGGCUUAAACCCCCCUCAGCUACUGGAACAGCUCUAUGCUGUUAGUACAACUUGUUUUACGAGUACAAUCCCUCCUUUGUGUUUUUGGGUAAUCAAUCUCCGUGACACACAAUAGUAACUACCAGACACUGCAGUAACUGGUUACAAUGCAAGCAGGUGUUGCAGGUAGAGGAUUUUGUUUAGGAGCUGUUGCUGAGACACACCUGUAAAUGUGAAUGAAGAGAAUGUCCAAUAAUCCAAUUUAUCUUAACUUCUUGAAAGCUUUGGUGAAGUGAGUACAACUCUGUCUUCAAAAUAGUGUGUAGUUAGGAGCAGGUACCACUACCUGCAGGGCUAGAGGAGAAGGAUCUCCACAUUUCUCUGAGUAGAAGUACUAUAUUAUUUUGUUAGGCUACUGGCUUGAAGUUUUCAAAGUUUCUUACACAAAUCAUCAGAAACCUUGACAAGCAAGAGCGAAGACCAAGUGCAGGAUCCAAAGUGCGAUUUCUUUGAGCUCCGUUGGGCCAGAUACUAUCAUGUAAUGGGUGUCUUGAGGCUGCUUUGGGUAUUGAAACUCUGCUGCCACUUCAUUUGUUCAGAGAACUAAAAAACUAGUUAGAAGUUUACUACACGAGAAGCUAUCAGUGUAGCUCCUUCCCAUGUUUCAACAACAUUCCUGCUGUUUAUGUCUGCUGCUGUUGUAUUUUCUCAUGAGUAGAAUUAACUUGCACCCUUCAGGAAGAUGAAGCACCAGUCCCCUUCCUCCAGAACACGCCCCACCCACGCUCCCUGUGCACAGUCGGCGUUUCCCCCAGCAGGGCUGCGGGCGCUCGCCCAAGGCGGGCUGGGCUCCACGGCAGGCCGGGGGAACCGAGCGGUGCAUGGCGGCGGCAUUCAAACCUUUCCUCUCCCGACGCUCCUCGCGUAGGCCCCCGCCCUCGCCGCCUUAUUGGCUCAGCGCUAGGCAUUGGCUCCUUUCUAGUGGCAGGGUGGCCACUCUGCUCCGCCCCUCUGCCCGAUUGGUGCUGCCGGCCCACGCGGCCUGACCGGGCUGCGGGGCAGCUCUGCGGGCUGAGACGGGGGCUCGGAGCGCCAGCGGGGAUCAGAGUGGGGGCGCGGGCUGCCCGCUGGCGGCUCCCGCCGGAGAGAACGCAGCGGUAGCUUCGGGUGAGGUGGGAGAGCGGCGGAGGCUGCCGCCGGCCGGGGAAGCGUCCGCAGCGGCGGGGGGCGGCUCCUUCUGCCCAGCAGCGCGCGCGCGGCGGCCAUGGCGUUGGUGCUGGAGCUCCUCAGGCGGGUGCUGGAGUACUUCGGCUGGCCGCCCGACCAGGCCAUAUUUCUGGAAACUCACAUACUGGGCAGCAGCAUCAUCGGUCGUGCAAUUAGAACAUGCCUUCCCUCAGCCAUAUCAUCAAGAAGGCAUUUCCAACAAUUCUAUGCAGUCAUAAGAAAGUAUCGUGUCAAGGUUGCAUCUGUUUGCCAAAAAAAGGAAUAUGGAUCUACACGAAGUGUUGUCCGUCGACUUGGGACAAUUCUUUCCUUAGAACCCUACCCAAGGCCUUAUCUUCAACUUGUUCAGAACCCCAGUCCGCUGGGUAGCGGAGAACAAAUCACAGCUGUAGCUCCUGUAGGUCCAUCACUUGCUGAUGUCCUGUGGGUGGCAAAUGAUGAGGGACAAGCAUUUUGUACACUUAAGACUGAGUUAUGGAGAAAAGAAAAAGGUACAGCUUAUUGUGACCUACAUCCAUCUAUAGAUUCAAUACAAAGUGUUCCAAAAAGUCAUACGCAAAAAGACAGUCUUGUUGAUCAAGCAGCGCUCCAGAAAAUUUCUGCACUUGAAGAUGAGCUGAGCUUUCUUCGUGCUCAGAUUGCUGCGAUUGUUUCAGCGCAGACACUGGGAAGCAUUCCGUCACAAGCCUUUAAAACAUUCAGCGCUCCAGAUGGAUUUCACCCAGUGCCAGCCAUGACUUCUACACCAUUGUCCGUCUCUCACAAUCACUUUGUAAUUCCCUCACCUCCUCCGCUUCCUUCUGGUGCACCAUCUGGUGUUGAUGCUAGUAACUCCGCAAUUAAACUUAUAAAACAACGUCGAGCUGCAAGAAACAGUGGUUCAAGUGCAGCUGACAGUGCCCAUCAUCAGAGGACAAAAAGCAUUCCUAGCAUGAUGGAUGUUUUGAAAGACCUAAACAAAGUUCAGUUGCGAGCUACUGAGAGGUCACCUGGAGGUACUCCUCUUUCCAAACCCGAGAAGAAGCAAAGUUCAGAUUGGGAUCCAGUUGCUAUAUUAACUAACGCACUAAAGCAGAAAUUUGCACAUAAAAAUUAUGACGAUGAUGAUUCACUGGAUAAAGAAAAUUGCUCUUUUGAUAGCUCUCCAUUUUCUAGUCCAGAGAUUCCACUGGUUGGAUGUCGCAGUCUGAAGCCAAAUGCAAAAUCUGGCCUUGUAGGAGCUGAUGGAAUUAAAGAAGUACCAAUGUGGAAAGUGAAAGCUCAUAUUUAACUGAUGGAGAUUUCUGGGGAGACUACAUAAGUGUGUGUAAGUGGAAACUGUAAGGUGUAGGGUGCUGUAUUGUGUUCUAGAACAUGGUUCUCCUGUGCUAUUGAAGUUUGAGUGUUGUAGGAUUUGUAAAACUGCCUCUUCCUUCUUAGUUUUCUAGCAGACAGACUUGUGAAUGUGAUGCUUUUAUGAGAAGCACAGAACCAAAAGGUGGCUUUUACUGCUAUGGAGCAGUUUCUUGGAAAUCUGAGAAAUACAGGAAUAAAAAAAAGAUAUUGGUGUGAAAGAAAAAUAUUUGUUGGUGUGGCAGCUGAGGUGUGUGCUCUGUUUGCACUCCGAUGUAAAUAACAAGGGAAAUGUAAACUCUUUGUUAGUGUGUUAUAUGUAACUGACUGUAUAUUAUGGUAGCUAAUACUGUUUCAUUAGAAGGAUGUAGUUGCCUUAUUUACAGUUUGGUAAUGCAACUCCAAGUACCAUUUGCAAAAAGUAUUCUAAUUUAUUUUUGGGUAAAUGAACUUUUAUGUUUUGAAACUUUGCUGUGCUGUAAGUAAACAGCAGGCUGGCUGUUGAAUGCCUAUAGUACGGGGGAAUUGUAUUCUGAGACAAAAAAAGACCUUGUAGAGAGUUCUGCUAGCACACAGUCUAAAUUUUGUAUUUAAAUAAACAUUAACUCUCUCCUUGGCUUCUCCAUGCGAAGUCUGUU